GAGGAAGAAGUGACGUCAGACCGGAGGCUGGACCAACAUGGCGGCCGUCAUCAGGCUUGUCAACAGAAGCCCUUUAAGUUCAGCAAUGGGUCAACAGUAUCUGGCGUUAAGCUCCACAGCAAAGGUCCAGGCAGCUGGUGUGAGAGCAGGCCAAGCUCUCCCAGAGAAGGUGAAAAUAGUGGAGGUUGGACCCAGAGAUGGCCUUCAGAAUGAAAAGACUAUCGUGCCCACAGAGACAAAAAUUCAUUUGAUCGACAUGUUGUCAGUGUCGGGGCUGCCAGUCAUUGAGGCCACCAGCUUUGUAUCUCCAAAAUGGGUUCCACAGAUGGCAGACCAGGUGGAGGUGAUGAAGGGGAUCAGUAGGAAGCCUGGAGUUUCUUACCCAGUCCUCACCCCCAACCUUAAGGGUUUCCAGGCUGCUGUGAAGGCAGGAGCUUCAGAGGUAGCCAUAUUUGGUGCUGCGUCUGAGCUGUUCAGUAAGAAGAACAUAAACUGCUCAGUGGAUGAGAGUUUACAGCGCUUCGAUGAGGUUAUGAAAGCCGCUAAAGAGGCUGGUGUUCCAGUUAGAGGGUAUGUGUCAUGUGUUCUUGGAUGUCCAUAUGAAGGCAAGGUGGCACCUGAAAAAGUUGCACAUGUGGCUAAGCGUCUGUACUCAAUGGGCUGCUAUGAGAUCUCCCUCGGCGACACUAUCGGAGUGGGGACUCCAGGUAGUAUGUCUGAAAUGCUGGAGGCGGUGAGCAGAGAGGUGCCAGUGAAUGCCCUGGCAGUGCACUGCCACGAUACCUACGGCCAGGCCCUGGCUAACAUCCUCGUUGCCUUACAGAUGGGAAUCAGUGUGGUAGACUCGUCAGUAGCUGGACUGGGCGGCUGUCCCUAUGCCCAGGGUGCUUCUGGGAAUGUUGCUACUGAAGAUGUAGUCUAUAUGCUGCAUGGACUUGGGAUUCAGACGGGAGUGGACCUCUCGAAGCUGAUGGAUGCUGGAGCUUUCAUCUGUCGAUCCCUCAACAGAAAAACCAACUCUAAAGUGUCGCAGGCCACCUGCAAACUGUAGACCAUUUUACAGUGUACAGUGCAGCAUAAUGAUCUAACCUGGACCCAUCAUCUUCUGUACUUCCAGUUCUUCCCAUUUUAAUUUUAGUUUGAUUGUGUGAGAAUAUUACUUAAAUAUUAAAGUGCCUGUACCAAUUCUCAUGGUACCGGGACGGUAGUGACCCCUCCUUCUGUUAAGAAUAAAAUGUGAUUAGCUAUUCACUACAUGAUAGCGUAGCUGGAACGGUGCCUUAUGUAAAGUCAAUCUAAUCAUACAGAUCCUACCUAUCAAAAGCCAUGCCUUCACCAGUUUCUUUAAUAGUGUGCUCACAUUGCUUUCCGGGCAGUGGGUAAGCCAAAGUGAAGCACCGACUGUGUUUAUAAUAAUAAGUUAGCCAGUAAAAAUGUCUUAGGGAUGGAUAAACUCACCGUUGAUGUCGGACAGGGACAGGAGUGUUGUUUAGACUUCUACCAUUCUUUGUAUGCAGUGAUCAUUGUCUUCAAAUGAAUGCUCUCUAUAGGGAGCAUCUGUGGAAACUGUCGGUCUUUAUGAACUUGGGCAUUGUACUGGCUUGUGAAAAAAUGUAUGUGCUCUAUACCACUGAUUUUAAGAAUGAUUUUUAUUUUAUUAUGUAGGAUUUCUAGUUUUACUUUAAUAUGUAUUAAGUAUUUAUUUUUAAAUUCCUGUCCUCGAAUUCAACAUGUACAUAUCCAACAAGCUUGAGUUUAAAAAUAAACUAUUUCAUAAAUUAAA